UCCAGGGUCUCCAGGACCUGGAAUUUGGUCCAGGCCCCACUUUUCAAGCAUCAACCCGCCCGCAGUAACAAGAGGCUGCAGAAGGGGCCAAGAACCGUUAGGGAGAUAAGGAAGGUGUUUCAGAAUAGUGCUUAGCGGCUCCGACCCAAAAGCCCACAGUCACCCGCUAUGGACACAGGGCUGAUCACGAGGCACGAGGCUGCCUCCUGACAGCGUCAACUGCCCCUACACUUUCUCGUCCAGUACAUUUUACUCUCGAGAGUUCUUUUCCACAGCUCCCAGAGUCCAACGGCCGAAGGGACGAGCGCUGCAGGCCUUGCCUCCGGGGAAGCUGCCGCUAGCGCCCAAGCUUUGCUUUCACAGGAUUUGGCUAGGCGGGCUGCCGGACAGGCCAUCUCUCCUGGACAUCAUGUGACGUGGGGAGGUGACCUGCAUUUCUUCUGAUAUAAGGCUACAGAUUAUGAGUUCAAAAACAGGGGCUAUAUCAGUCGAACCAACGACCCGGCUUCUGGGCCUCGCUGUCCCCGAAAAUCCCACCCUUGGAAAGGGCUCCACACCACGCCGCGAAGGCAGGCGCAACCGGAAGGGGCGGGGGUCCACCCGGACGCGGAGCCUCCGCCACCAUGGCUUCCCGUGGGAUCGUCGGCCUUUUCCUCCUCUCUGCUCUCCCCCUCUUGUGUCUGGAGCUCCGGCGUGGGAUCCCCGACCUAGGAGUUAAAGAUCUAAUUCUGCUGUGUGGCCGGAUUUUCUUACUGCUUGCUCUUCUUACUUUAAUUAUUUCUGUGACUACCUCAUGGCUUAAUUCAUUUAAAUCGUCCCAAGUGUAUCUGAAAGAAGAAGAAGAGAACAAUGAGAAAAGGCAAAAACUUGUCAGAAAAAAACAACAAGAGGCACAGAGUGAAAAGGCCAGCAGAUACAUAGAGAACGUUCUAAAACCUCACCAGGAAAUGAAGUUGAGAAAACUCGAAGAACGCUUUUAUCAGAUGACGGGUGAAACCUGGAAGUUGAGCAAUGGUCAUAAACUUGGGGGUGACGAAGAUUUGGUGCUUGAAAAUGAGAGUCAGACAUCUUUUAAAACAUCAAACAGAGAAGCAGCAAAGAGACGAAACUUGCCUAAGCCUUUAAGCAAAAUUUCACCAUCUGCUGAGCAGCCCACGCAGAAGGAAGUUCUUGGUCUCCCUGAAGAACCUCCUGAAACAGCUGAAGAAAUAGUUACUGUUGCUCUCCGAUGUCCAAGUGGGAGUGUCCUGAGGAGAAGAUUUCUUAAGUCUUGCAGUUCACGGGUCUUACUUGACUGGAUGAUGAAAAUCGGGUACCACACAUCUCGAUACAGCCUUUCUACUUCCUUUCCCAGACGGCCUCUGGAAGUGGAGGGGGGCUGGUCACUGCAGGACACAGGAAUAACUAUGGAUACUGUACUCAUUGUGGAAGAGAAAGAGCAGAGCAACUAAUUAAGAAAUGAGAACUACCUUUUCUCCAUAAAAUCAGGGAUGCCAUGACCUUACAGGACAAUAAAGGAUUCACAUGAAAAUUACGCCAUUCCUUGACUGAGCUCAAGGAGGUAAACAUUUUAAUGUUGAUAUCCUUGGGAACGUGUGGACAUAAAGAAUUGGAAAAGGAUUGCUCUCUGCAUAUAAUAGUUUUUGGAAUUUGCUGUCUUAUAAUGUCCCAAAUGAAAACUAGAUAAAAAUGUAUACAGUAAGGCACUCAAUGAUUUGUAUUUUUCCUGGCUGACAUCAUUUAUCACUGUGUUGAAAGACAAAGUCAUACAACUCUCUCUUCUGCCUCUGCAGUCCACCUUGCCACACUGAAGAUUUCACAGUUCAAACUCUCUAAAAUCGUUUAAGUAGGAAUGUUUGUUCUGCUGUAUUUCUAGAAAUUAAACUUUAAAGACAUUUUAAAGGUCUUUAAUGCUUUAAAGUUUUUUUGAUACCUGAUAAAGGGUUAGUAUCAAAAGUGUGUAAAGAACUUAUAAAACUCAACACCCAGAAAAAAAAUAAUCCAAUUAAAAAUGGGCAGAAGACAUGAACAGACAUUUCUCCAGAGAAGACACAGAUGGCCAACAGACACAUGAAAAGAUGCUCAACAACACUGAUCAUCAGGGAAGUAGAAAUCGAAACUACAGUGGACUAUUACCUCAUACCUAUCAGAAUGGCUAGAAUCAACAACACAGGAAACAACAGGUGUUGGCAAGAAGGUGGAGAAAAAGGAACUCUCUUGCACCGUUGGUGGGAAUGCAAACUGCCACAGCCGCUAUGGAAGA